UCCACGAAAACCACAUUCUCCCAGCUUGGUUCGCAGCUCAACAAAGUUACAGGCUAUGAAGCGAUCGAGGCGCUCAAGCGAGAGAAUCGAAUAAACGCCACGCGUAAAGCCGCAAAACAGGCAAAAGUUGCAUACGAAGAAGCUGUUGUCCAACGCUCCAAUUCCCAGAGAGAGGUGAAUGAUCUCCUCUCAAGAAAAUCCACUUGGACGGACGGCGAUGUGGUUCGCUUCACAGCAAUUGUUCGGCAGGAUCACCUUUACGAACAGGAGGAAGCACGGGCAAAGGCGGGUGUAAACGAGAUGGAAGAUGCGGUAGAACGGGAAUUCAGCCAACUCAUGCGCAGCAUUCUUGCGCGCUACCACGAGGAGCAAGUUUGGUCUGACAAAAUCCGGAGUGCAUCGACCUAUGGCCAGCUGGCGGCUUUAGGCCUCAACUUGCUUGUUUUUGUGAUCGCAAUCGUGGCGGUUGAGCCUUGGAAGCGGCGAAGGCUGGCACAAACUUUCGAGAGAAAGGUUGAGGAGCUAAGCAAGGAGAAUGCUACAAGACUUGAGGUUAGCAUGGAGGCGAUCGAAAAGAGGCUUGCAGAACAGGAAUCCAUGCUGCGGACAUUUACGGAGAUAGUCUCCCAAAAGGCUGAG